CCCGGACACGCCUUCUUCAUGGUGGACCUCCGCUGUCAGGACGGCACGGAUCUGCAUGAUGAUCGCGCGCUAAUAUCUGCAGUGCCGCGUGCUGGGAUUCGGCGAGAGCGUUGCAUUUGUCCAGCACGAGCGACAUGGUAGACGCGGACAUGUUUGGUGACCGUCGUUGAUGGGCGACAUUGCUUAAGUAUCACGAGGACCACUAUGCCUAACCAGAAAAGCAACAAGGGGAAGAGAAAUAAGCGCGCGAAUAGUAGUGGAGACGAGCAAGAGAAUGGAGCCUCCGCUGGCGCGAGCGGAGCAACCCAGGGCGCCGCGGCGGCCCCGCAGCGCGAGAGCAGAGGGGAGGCUCCCUGUGCCACGCCGCUCGUAUGCGGUUUUGGCCGCGCCGUUGACCUGGAUAAGGACGACUACCAGCGUGUGCAAUGCAACAGUGACCACUGUCCCUACGGCAACUGGAUGCACCUGCAGUGCUUCUACGAGUGGGAGAGCAGCAUCCUGGCCCAGUUCAACUGCAUCGGCCGCGCACGCAGCUGGAACGAGAAGCAGUGCAGGCAAAACAUGUGGACGAAGAAAGGUUACGACCUCGCAUUCCGCUUCUGCUCCUGCCGCUGUGGCCAGGGCCACCUGAAGAAGGACACGGAUUGGUACCAGGUCAAACGCAUGCAGGAUGAGCGCAAGAAGAAGGCGGUCCCAGAGAAGGGCGGCGGGAAGGUGGGUGUGGCAACAACAGGGGGCGUGGCCAGUGCGGGGGGCGAGGCCGUGGAGGAAGCCAAGAAGGGGAAGUUGCCCAGCAGAUCUGCUCACCGCGGUUCUAGCCAAGAGUUGUCACGGCGACAGUCCAUGGAUCGGCAGAACUCUCAGGAGCGGAGCCACCCUGGCCCCAGUGUCGGGGGAGGGGGGAUGGCUGGGGCCAUGUUGGGUGUCCGCUCUCCCUGCGACUCGCCCGGCCAGUCUCCGCCCUCGGGCUUCUCUUUCUUUGGCCCACAGGUGGUGGGUGGUCCACGCAGUUCACGGCACCUGGGCGACUUCCUGAAGAGUGCCGUCCACACGGAGGGUGGGCGGAGACACCCGCUGGCGGUGGGCCAGGCCGGGCGCAUGGGCGUUCACCCGGACCUCGGCCCGUCUUGCCUGUCCCGGCUCAGUCCGGCUGACGGCCCCGUGCAGUUCCUGCGCAGGCUGGACCUCUCCGAGCUGCUGGCGCACAUUCCGCGGCACAAGCUAAACGCUUACCAUGUGCGCAUGGAGGAUGACGCGCAGGCCGGCCAGGGCGAGGACCUGAGGAAGUUCAUCCUGGCGGCACUGAGUGCCAGCCACCGCAACGUGGUGCACUGCGCCCUGUGUCGCCGCACGCUGCCCAUCUUUGAGCAGUUCCCACUGGUGGACGGGACACUCUUCCUUAGCCCUUCACGCCACGACGAGAUCGAUUACGACGUGCCGUGCCACUUACAAGGGCGACUGAUGCACCUGUAUGCCGUCUGUGUCGACUGCCUGGAGGGUGUGCACAAAAUCGUGUGUAUAAAGUGCAGAUCGCGUUGGGAUGGGAGCUGGCACCAGCUGGGCACCGUCUACACCUAUGACAUCCUGGCUGCUUCACCCUGUUGCCAGGCCAGGCUGAGCUGCAAGCACUGUGGGAAGGCUGUGGUGGACGUCCGUGUGGGCAUGCAGUAUUUCUCUGAGUACAGCAACGUGCAGCAGUGCCCACACUGCGGCAAUCUGGACUAUCACUUUGUCAAGCCAUUCUCCUCAUUCAAAGUACUAGAAGCUUAUUGACAAAUGUGGUUCCUGCAUGCUAGUUUCCUCUCUUUCUUUUUCCUGUUCAUAGGGUAUCUUCUACAUUAAAUCAUUUUUUGGCAGGUUUUUAGUUAAAAAGGAAAGCGAGUGAGAAGGCAUGAGGGAAAGUUCCACCUUAUGUUCAUAAAGAUUUUCAUUUGGCAUUUAAAAUCACAAAAGCAACAGAAAUCCUGUGACAAGUGAAUGUAUCUGUAUGCCAAAUCUGCUCUUUUGUACAAAAAUAACAAAAAACAAUAAAAUCCAUGAAAUUGUACGUCUGCA